AUGGCGCCUGCCCCGGACGCUGCAGUGGUGGACGCCUGUAAUAAUCUUGCGCAGCGUCUUCGUCACCUUCGAGCCGAAGGCAAGUAUUGUGAUGUCGUGCUUGUUGCUUCUGACACAAGGAUGGAAGCUCACCGCGCUGUCCUGGCCACAGCAAGCUCCACAUGGCAGCAGGCACUGCAGAGUGAAGGAGGUGGUCGGUGGCAAGGUAGCCCUGGCAAAAUUGAAGCGCAGCCUCCUGCCGAAUUGCGAUUCCCGCGCUGCGCGAGGCCAGAAGUCCUUCGGCUGCUCAUCGACCACAUCUAUGGUGCCACGACCACUGACCAGCUUGCUGCCCUCGUUCAAGGUUGUGAAGGCAGCUGCAGAGAAGCCAUGCAACUUUUGGAGGCCCUGGGACCUUCUCCCUCUUCAGAGCUGCCAUCGUUGCGGCUGGCCAGGACACUGUCCACACUGCGUCGCCAGUGCAUUUUCUGCGACACCGUCUUGACAACAGGACGGGGCCAGACUGCUGUCGCGCAUCGCGCAGUCCUUGCAGCAGGCUCGGAAGCUUUGGACAGGUACUUCUCGGAGCAGCUUCCUCACCCGGGCUUCGGCGGCCUAGAUGCGGUGGAGUUGGCGCUGGGAGCUGCGGCAGCAUCUAGUUUGGAGGCUUUGGUGGACCGGCUGUAUGUGGGGCCAGUUGCAGGCCGGGUCCCUGGCAGACAGCAGAGAAAGAUGGCAGGAAAGCUGUGUGGGCAUUUUCCACACUCGCAGCACAUCUACCAGUCCAAUCGGAAAUGGACACUGUUGCCUUUCCAGGGAGCGAGCGACGGAACGUCACGAAACCGCUACAAACAUCAAUGA